AUGCCCGCGAAUAAGGGGAACCUGUCGACGUCUCACAAAGAAAAGCCCGGGAACGGUCUGACGAACGCCGCUUCCAAGAAGAAGAAACGCUGCCCCGUUAAGCAUAAAAAACAUUGCAAGCAAUAUCUGCAGCUCCAUUCAGAGUAUAGGAGCACGUACACAUGGCACGAGUACACUGGGCCGCACCAAGAGCAUACGGUCGUUCGUCGAGCGCCGCAACCACCGCCGACCUCGACGACGCAAGCGAGCGCGAAGCUACAAUCGGCCAAGUCGACCGAGGAUGAGAACAACGAAGGACCGACUUUGGAACCGCCGUUGCCCAGACGAAAGAAAUGCCCGGAGCUCGCGUACAAGACCCACGAGUUCAUCACGGCGGCCGACGGGGGUGGCAUCGACGCCGUCGAUUCGAACGUUGUUGCUGAUAAAGUUCGGGAAGUUACAGCGCAGUCUGGCCUGCCGCCGAGUCAGCUGAGCAAAGCGAUAUCGCGGAUCAGCACCGAGUAUCGGUUGCAGUUCGCCUGGCCUAGACGACCCCAGUUAACGAACGGGGAGACAGUGGCGCCGGGUGUCACUGCCGCUGGGGCGCCUGCUGGGACAACAGGACCACCCAGGAAGUCCCUCAGCAUGGGUGCUCUGAAGCAGGGCAUCGCACCCACGGGACCUGCCCCAGUUCACAAGAAACGACCCGGUGAUGUCGAUCACAAACGCGACGGGGUACAGGCGUCGGAACUGGAGCCCCUGGUCGGUGGAACUGGUGCGGACACGAUCGACGGCGUGGUGCCCGAGGGCGACGAGCGCGAGGAGGACAUGUCGGACUUGAAAAUCGCUUUCAGGGGUAAAAAGUCAGGUAGAACCGUAAGGAUAGUGGAUGAUAAAGGGACGGCCAAACCGCAGGAGAAACCGUUUCCGACCACAGACGUGAUCGAGCUUAGGCGGCUCGCUGACGAGUACAAGCAUCGCGACUGGGGUUGCGGUCUGGCAGCCGAGGACGAGGCUUCCCUGUGGAAACGUGUAUCCAGUAACCACGCUCUCAACGCGCUGUCCCUUGCCAGGUCGGUGACGAAGGAGGAAAAGGAGAAGGAGAACACGAGGAAGGUGGCGCCGAUAUCCACGGCGAUCACCAUGCCCCCAGCUGGUCGACCAUCCUCGGUUCAGGCCAGACCUAUGCAUGGACUUCUGCAGGACGAUCCGAAAGCGGACACCGAAAGAGCCAUCGCUCGCGCAAGAAAGGAUUUCUUGAUCCGCCAUCAUUUGGAUCGUACCACCGGUGUGGGCGACGGUGCACUGCUUCCCUCUCCGACGAGAGAGAAGCUGGAGCCCGUGAUACCACGACGCCGCGAGGACUCGAAGGAGCACCGUGAGGAAGUUCAGCCGAAGACGAAAUCCAGCCCGAAAAACAGCCCGAGAACCGGUCGUUCCCAGAGUCUCGGGCCUACCGUGACCGAGCGUAGAUCACCGAAACGUCAACCUCCGCGUGCACCGUCCGUCACUAAAGAUGCAAAGGAUUUAUUAAAAUUAAUUUUCUGCAAAGCAAAAGCAAGUCAGAUACUAAAGGUGCUCACGUUAGAUGAGAAGAGCGGUGGUGAGCCCGAAAGGCAUCCACGACCGACGGGUGUUUCAGUCACGGGCCCCGGCCGCGUGCGUUGGAGCAUACGGGAGCCCUCGACGAUAUCCUCGACGGGUCCGUCGACCAGCGUGCCGCCAUUACCGCCACCACCCUCGGGCCCAGGGCCUACUCCGUUCCACAGGAGGCCCCCACAGGUCCAUCGGAAAUCCUUCCUCGCAACCACCGCUCCUCCCCAUCGCCCUCUUCAUCACGCCAAACCCUCAACCACCACCACCACCACAACCACCGCUAGUACCACUGUAAAACCCCCGGUAAAGCAUUCAGUUCAUACGAGUGUCCAUCACCCACCUACGUCGAGCGCUGCCGCUGCGGCCAGGCCGGACCGUGUUAAAGAUAUAAGCCGGUGCCAAGGUCCGAACGAAGCUCCGGCAAAAACGUGUAGCGACGAUCCAGCUGCGGCUGCGGCCGCAGCCGCCGCCGCCGAUCCAUCCAAAUCAUCCUCCGAUAGUCGAUACGCGUCAAAUCAAGCCGCUACCGCCGUCCAACCUAUGACGGCGGAGCCGCAAGUAAACGGGGACGUGACCGGCGAGGACCUGAACGUCGAGUCAACGCCACCGUCGCAGGCCCAUCCGGUUCCGGCGACCGCAGCAAGCCCGUGGCUCGACGACGAGCCGGUGGUGAAAAGCCCGCCGGAACCAACCAGGGUAAAGUCGCCCGAGCAGAUGAUCAUGCGAUCCCCCGAGCCGGUAAAUUGGACCGUACCACUGGACACCGGGAAAACGUUCACUGUCACGCAAAACGUCAGAGAAGAACCACUGACGCGUCCGCAUAGCGAGGCAAAAUCAUGGGCCCCGUCGUCCUUCCCGUCCGCGCCUCAGUCAGCCCCGCCGGAGCUAGCGGCCCAGCACAAGUCGCAUCACUCCCAGCAUUCCGGUUACAAGUCGCCGGAGAGCGAGAGCAUCUCGAUCGGCAGCUUCAGCGGUCUGAACGGUCACAAAGACAUGGACUCGGAAAGGGACAGCCCGUUCCCAACGAGCGGCCCUGGCGCUAGCACGCCGACACAGGGUGAAAAGUCAACAGGCGGCGGAGCGGAGGAGUCAAAAGACCAGUCAAGACCGGACUCGUCGAUAAAACCGGUAGCCGGAACGAAUUUAAGAUGCCUAGAUGAUCCAGGAUUCGAAUACGACAGGAAGAAGGAGACCAGCCAAGGGACUACGACCGCAACGAUGACGACACCGUCAUCGUCGACGGCUCCACAGCCGGGUUACCGUAUCCUCGAGGCGGAAUCGCCUCAGGGCGCCGGCAGCGGCGGUGGUGGCGGUGGCAUGGCUGGGGUAGUUGGUAGCACCGGGGGUGGUUAUCACGUACUUGAGGCGCCGACGGUUGUACCAGGCUCAGCGCAGCGUUCCGCGGCGAGCGAGGUGCUGGAGAAGGCGCGAAACCGCUUCGACAAGUUCUGGGGAAAGGGCAGCGGCUCCGAGAAUUAGACCGUUCGCGCGGAGAACAUGCACGUGAGACGUUCCUCGGCUUAGAAGGAGGAGCGGAACGAGGGGGGUUAGAGAGAGAGAGAGAGAGAGAGAGAGAGAGAGAGAG